AGAACAGUUCUUUCCGGUAAUGACGCAUUACUUCCGGAUUAAGAAAGCAACAUGGCGGCGCCCAUAUCCCUACAUCUGGAGUUUGGGGGCGGAGCAGAGCUACUGUUUGAUGGGGUCAAGGAUCAUCAUGUGACUUUGCCCAGCCAAUCGGACCCCUGGGACAUGAAGCAGCUGCUGGUGUGGAUCCAGAGGAACAUGCUAAAGGAGCGACCCGAGCUCUUUGUGCAGGGGGACACUGUGAGGCCAGGGAUACUGGUGCUAAUCAACGAUGCAGACUGGGAGCUGAUGGGUGAGCUGGAGUACCAGCUUCAGGACCAAGAUAAUGUGGUCUUCAUCUCUACUCUGCAUGGGGGAUAACCCCCAAUAUAAAAACAGACUGUGGACACUAACAGAGGAUCCCCAACCCCCACCACCGGCCAGCUACAUCUCCCCUCUCUGCCUUACGUAGCUCAUCAAGGCCGAGACACAACGCCCCCCAUGGAUGCCCAGUGCUGAUUCAGUGAUCCACCAAUGCUACACUGAAAGGUUCUGAUGGGUUUCUCACCCUGACUUGUGACCUUCAACGUGAGGGGUGUGGGGUGUAUGUUCAUUGUGUGUGUGUGUGUGUGUGUGUGUGUGUGUGUGUGUGUGUGUGAAUGAGAGAGAGAGAGAGACCCUUUGGAGACACAGAUGCUUGACCAGCGUCCUAUCAGGCCUGGACACCUGAGUCCAGAGUGUUUUGAUCUGAUUGUGUGUGUGUGUGUGUGUGUGUGUGUGAGAGAGAGUGUAUGGACAGAGGUCGGUCUGUCUAGACAGUGUGCAGAUGGACCUUUGAGAGGCAUACAGAGGUCAACCUUUAAGACCAUGGUCUGUGCGUGCUCAUUUUUGUUCAUUAUGCUAAAUCUAAUUUUAUACUGUUGUAGCCUAUAUAUCAUUAAUCAAACGAAACUGUCUGCUUCAAUAUUUUAAGUUCUAAAAAUAGGAUGACAUGGGCUUGUGUUUAAAUUAAAUGUUCCUUUUUGGCAAGAA